AUGAUCCCUGAUGCGGAUAGUAUCAAGUUACUUGGCACAAUAGUUGGAGAAGUUGUGUAUAGUUCUGCACUUCACAUGCAACUCAAAGAGUUUGCAACAGACAUUCAAGAUAAUAAUACUUGUAUCUCCUCUAACUGUUCACUUUCAAUUUCAAGUUGUGAAACAGAAGCUGGUGAUAUACAGUAGUUGAGGGAAGAGAGGAUAUGAAACAUCAUCAAAUAAUAUCACCAGUGAAGGAACAACCAGUGUCUCUGCAAGAAAUACACAAUCGUUGUGAAAGAAUAAAAAGAAGCCUUUUCAAGACUGAAGAUGAAAUUGCUGAAGUGGAGUCUCAAACAAGAACACAGUCUGCUUGA